AUGUCUCUCUGCCAGAACCGGCUCCAGGAGGAGAGGAAAUUGUGGCGCAAGGACCACCCGUUCGGCUUCUAUGCCAAGCCAGUACGCAACGCACAGGGCGUCCUUGACCUCAAGGUCUGGGAGUGCGGCAUCCCGGGCAAGGAGAAGACGAUCUGGGAGGGCGGCAUGUUUAAGCUCACAAUGACAUUCCCAGAUGAAUACCCCACGAAGCCACCAAAGUGCAAGUUCGUGCCGCCGCUGUUCCAUCCCAAUGUCUACCCGUCGGGCACCAUCUGCCUGUCGAUCCUCAACGAAGACGAGGCCUGGAAGCCGGCCAUCACGAUCAAGCAGAUUGCGCUCGGCAUCCAGGACCUGCUCGACGACCCCAACCCGGACUCGCCCGCCCAGGCGGAGGCCUACAACCUCUUCAAGAAGGACAAGGCCGACUACGAGAGGCGAGUCCGCCGGACUGUCCAGGAGAACCCGGCUCCCUGA